CACCGGAAGGGAGGAGGGUCUGUCUGUCUGUCUAACUGUCUAACGUUGGGGGUGUUUGUGAUGGUAGAGCUAGCUCACUAGGAAAGGCGGCUAUACCUUUAAGUGAAAGAAAACGAAACAAGUAGCAAUCAGCGGUAUUGCUGGGUCGCAUAGCUAGUUUACUGGACCUACAGGGAAUUUCGAUAUGAUUUUUGUUAAUCUAAUUGUCAUGUUUUGCUGCCUACGAGAUAUUACAGGUCAGUUUGGGAACCCCUUGGAUAAAUAUAUUCGCCAUUAUGAGGGUUUAUCAUAUGACACAGAAGCCCUGCACAACAGUCACCAGAGAGCCAAGAGGGCACUCUCUCCUCAAGACAGGACCGUGCACCUGGACUUCCAUGCACAUGGAAGACAUUUUAACUUGCGGAUGAAGAGAGAUACAACUCUAUUUUCACCAGAUCUCAUCAUUGAGGUAUCAGGAGAGGUGGAACCCAUUGAUACAUCACAUAUUUACAGUGGAGAAAUAUUUGGUGAAAAGGGCACUCUGACCCAUGGCUCCGUGGUUGAUGGGCGCUUUGAGGGCUUCAUUAAAACCCACCAAGGAGUGUACUAUGUUGAACCCUCGGAGAGAUACCUAAAGAACAAGAAUGUGCCCUUCCACUCCGUCAUCUAUCACGAGGAUGAUAUCCAUUAUCCUCAUAAGUAUGGCUCAGAGGGCGGCUGCGCUGACCACUCAGUGCUUGAGAGGAUGAGGAAGUACCAGGCAUCUGUAGUAGAGGAGCCACUCAAAGGGGUGAACAGUGUGUCGGAGGAGGAGGAGAGCUCCCAGGGUCCUGUUAUUCUGAGGAGAAAGAGGGCAGCGGCGAAAGAGAAAAACACUUGCCAGCUCUUCAUCCAGACUGACCACCUCUUCUUCAAAUACUAUGGCACAAGAGAGGCUGUCAUUGCCCAGAUAUCCAGCCAUGUAAAGGCUAUUGACUCAAUUUACCAGGCCACAGACUUCCUGGGCAUCCGAAACAUCAGCUUCAUGGUAAAAAGGAUCAGGAUAAAUACUACCAACGAUGAAAAAGACAAAACCAAUCCGUUUCGCUUUGCCAACAUCGGAGUGGAGAAGUUUUUGGAGCUUAACUCUGAGCAGAACCACGAUGACUAUUGCCUAGCCUAUGUCUUCUCUGACCGGGACUUUGAUGAUGGGGUUCUUGGCUUGGCUUGGGUUGGGGCACCUUCAGGAAGCUCUGGGGGCAUCUGUGAAAAGAGCAGACUGUACUCUGAUGGAAAGAGGAAGUCUCUGAACACUGGUAUCAUCACUGUGCAGAACUACGCCUCCCACGUCCCUCCCAAGGUGUCACACAUUACCUUUGCUCAUGAGGUUGGGCACAACUUUGGCUCUCCACAUGACUCAGGGAUUGAAUGCACCCCUGGAGAGUCUAAAUUGCAGAACCAAAAGGAGCAGGGAAACUACAUCAUGUAUGCCAGAGCCACAUCAGGGGAUAAACUCAACAAUAACAAGUUCUCAAUCUGCAGCAUUCGCAAUAUAAGCGCUGUUCUGACGAAGAAGAGAAAUGACUGUUUUGUUGAGUCUGGCCAGCCUAUCUGUGGUAAUGGACUAGUGGAAACUGGAGAAGAGUGUGACUGCGGCUACAGUGAUCAGUGUAAAGACAUCUGCUGCUAUAGUGCCAACGAAGGGGAGGGCCUAAAGUGCAAACUCAAACCUGGAAAAAUCUGCAGUCCCAGCCAAGGCCCAUGUUGCACACAAGAGUGUACUUUCAAGGGCGCGAAUGAGAGUCCGUGCAGACUGGAGUCUGAGUGCGCCCAAGAGGGCAAGUGCAAUGGAGCUACUGCUCUGUGUCCUGCCUCAGAACCAAAGGCAAACUUCACCUCUUGCCAUUCUGAAACACAAGUCUGCCUUAAUGGGGUAUGCUCUGGUUCCAUUUGUGAGAAGUAUGGUAUGGAGGUAUGCACCUGUGCCAGCCAAGAGGGCAAGGAUGAGGCAGCUGAGCUGUGCCACGUGUGCUGCAUGGAGAAAAUGAAGCCCAACACCUGCAGCAGUACAGGCUCAGAGAAAUGGGCCCAAUUUUUCAACAAGAAAACCACAACCCUGCAGCCUGGCUCACCCUGCAAUGACUUUAAGGGCUACUGUGAUGUGUUCAUGAGGUGUCGUCUGGUGGACGCCGACGGGCCUCUGGCAAGGCUUAAGAAAGCCAUCUUUAAUGCAGAACUCUAUGAGAAUAUUGCAGAGUGGAUAGUGGCUCACUGGUGGGCAGUGCUGUUGAUGGGCAUCGCUCUUAUUAUGCUAAUGGCCGGCUUCAUCAAGAUUUGCAGCGUCCACACCCCCAGCAGCAACCCCAAACUGCCCCCACCAAAGCCACUGCCAGGUACACUGAAACGGAGGCAGCAGCAAGCAAACCAACAGGCACAGGGCCAGCGCCUCCCCCGUCAGAACAGAGAGAACUAUCAAAUGGGACAGGUGAGACGCUGAGACGCUGGCCUUCUCUUUGCCUUGGUCUUCCUAGUGCCUACAAUGGGAGCACUUCACUCCAAAGAGUUACCUUUACCACAUAUUGCGAAAUUCAAAGAACUUGCAACUGGAUUGAUUUCAAUGGACAAAGCCCAAAGUGGUUUUUUUUGGGCCUAACAAACUCACUCAGCACCUCUGCUCUGAGAGCCAGAUUAGCAGAGGUUCACACAGCUUUUAUAAGAAAUAAAUAACUUUUCCAAGGAAAGACAGGAGGAGAAAUUCACUGAUCUCAUGUGGUCUUAAUCUUUGAAUGCUUUUUUUUUUUUUAUAUAUAUAUACAAGAAUGGAGGUGAGAGAAGCAGCUUUGUGUUAGAGUCACCCUUCUCUGUCCUUUAUCUUUGCUACCUUUUUCUUUUCCUGUUCUUCCUCUUUGAAGUGCUGCCAUCAUCAGCACGAUGGCAGGACUGCAAGUCACAUAGGUAUUUCAAUUUUCAAUCAAAAUCCUGCAUUGAGACAUUGAGUUGGAAGAAAACUCAUUUUUUUGCCAAUGUUAUUAGAUUGUUUUAAAUCAAAGCACCAUCAAAAGCUUGUUAUUUCUAAAUCAUGUUCUUUUAGUGUUUAAUUACAGAUGUUCCGGUAGGUUUUUUUCUGUUUUAAAUUAAAUAGAUUUUCUUUAUGAUGAAGAUUAUUUACUAUUUAAUUCACUUUCUCAGGAUUAAUAAAACAACGGCAAACAAGUGUAUUGAGUGGAAAAGUUGGCUGCAUGCUUAUUUUAUGGUAAAAUCCCUCCUGGUUGAAACCUGCACAGAAGGUAUGACCCUAGCUGCCGUGGGAUGACCGGUUGUAUGAAAUUAAUGUAGAUAAAUGAGCUUAAUAAGAUUAUUGUGUCAUCUGUUAUCAGAUGGAGGGCCUGUGGAGGGGAGGUUGAUCAUCUGGAUAUGUAUUGUUAUUUGGUUUCGCAGCUGUUUACAUAUAGAGAUAUAGUCUGGGGAUGAAAUAAAUGGUGAGAUAAUAGCUUUUUAUCAACCUGAUUGUAUCACGCUUUUCUUCUGUCAUAGCUGUUUUUCCCUCACUUGUUGCUUUGGCACUGAUUUGUGACACUGACACAUUUAAAACAACCACUUUGUGCCACAGAGUGCGUCUUCACGUUUAGAGUAAGCAAAACUUAACUGUGGGGUCGAAGAAGCCUGCCUAUAAUAUGAGAAGUUAUUACAGAAAAGAAGUGUCCUCUUGUGAUUGUUCUGCCCACAUUUUCACUUGUGUUCUGUCCAUUUUUUGAAUUUCACACACUGGCAGUUGUUUAAGAAAUGACACAAUCUGUUAAAACCACUCAAAAGCAGUUUGAUCCUCUCUGCCACUGUAGCCAGAUGAGGAACAUUUCUGGUUUAAAUGUGAUAUUGAUUUUACUUGCAGUUCAGAUUAUUUGUACAUUGUAUGUCGUUGAAUUGAAUCAAUUGAGGAAAACUAAAGCUUCUCAUUUUAGCGUUGCUUUGUUGCUGCUGUUAACAGAUAUUUACCAGAGCGAACAAUCACUAUGUGUCAGCCAUCCACCGCUGUUCUGUCCUUUCUUUUUCUCACGGGAUUUUCUCAAGGAACUUUGUUCCCAUGUUACAACCUCCUAGUUUGUGUGAUUUCAUUUAAAAUGUGCCUACUCAGAGCAGUGUGACUGAGGUUGGUGUACUAGUGUGUAUCUGAUCUUUACCAAGGCUGAAAGCAUUCAUGAGCUGGCAGUUUUUCCAAGCACCGUGAUCAGUUUGGACUGCUGAAAUUGGAAAUGUAUUGGAAAGGAUGUGGUUCAGGACUUGGCAAUGUUUAAUAAUCAUCUUAAAUGUAAGUGAUGAUUGAUAUGUCAAAGUCAAAUAUUAUAAAUUUUCAUAUUAUAAGCCACAAUUUGUUUCAGAUUUUUUUGCAAGAUUAUAAUUAGUGUUUACUGUGUAUAAUAUUCUUAUUUUGCCCGGCUCUAAUUUGGCUUAACUUGAGUUUUCAGUCGUCUCCAACCAGAUUAAAUUUGGGUCAACUUCACUGACAGGUGGAUGAGAGUGCAGAAGAGUUACUGGCAGAAUAUAAAAAUAUAAAUAUGUACAGUUUCUUAAAAUUAUUUUAGGAGGGAACUGUGUGGAGCAAAGACAGACUUAUUUUUUUUUUCCUUACCCUUCCAAAAGAGUUGUAUGGAGCACAACUCAGCAUUGUUUUCUGUGAAAGGUGUAAGGAUGUUGCGUCAUCGAUCAGAUAGAUUCUAUGCAGAGUAUCACAUAGCUUAACGGCAAACAAGUUAGCCUCUUCACAGAGAAAUGCCUUCAAUGUUUUCUCUUAAAUGGGUACAUGGAAUAUUCUCUUGUGUUUUCAUGACAAAAUAGUUACUCAUGUGUAUGUGUUGCAGCAAAGUUUCUGAACAGACAAAAAUGCAAUCCUCUGUUGCUUCUUUUACUGAUUUUGUUUGGCUUUCUGGUGCUACUGGUAGUGCUUUUUCUUGGGUCGGAGCUUAAAGUGUAUUUUUCAUUAUCUUGGGCACAUUUUAAAGGUGUGUGUGUGUGUGUGUGUGCGUGCGUGUGUGUGUGUGAUCAUCCUUAACUAUUUUUGUAGAUCUGGUAAGAUAUGGACAAUACUGGGUGUGUGAGGAGAUAAUACUUAAUGGGAAAUGUUUCUGUCUUUCACAUGUGUUGCUAAGUUGUUGAGAAAAUGUGCACUCAAAUGUAAGUGGUGUAAACGGAGAAUGCAAAAAUGGUAACGUUUCAGUACUACUGUCUGAUUUUAAUGUCUCUUGUGUUUUAUACAGUGUCUCCGAUGGUCUUUUUUUUGUUUUGAUUUACUUUGUUCCAUUUCCCUUUCUGCUUGAAAAUCUGACUAAAUUUGCAAAGGUAUGUGCAAAAAUAUAAUUUCUUUUGAACUACUUGAAAUGCAUUAAUAAAUCAGAGUUGAUCAAA